AUGAUGACUUGGAUGAACCGCACCUUAAAGGGCCAAAAGGCAUCGUACAAGCUGCUUGAGAUGCUCAAGGAGCCGUCGCUUUAUAAAGCUGCCGUUCUACCAUCCUCCACUGACAGCUCCAAUCCCGCAAGCACCAACAAAUUCGUCGCGAUAAAGGAUCUUGUUUUGGAAAGGGAGCUACGGGUCCAUCAACAUCCGGCAAUCCUAGGAUGCAAGUAUAUCCGCCAGGCCGUGGAUGUUAUCGAAAAGGGCAAGCUAGAAGAUUGGUCUCCGUCGCCGCUGUCAGUGAGCAAGCGGAUGGCUCUUGAGUGGAUGGACACGGAUUUGUGGCUCUUACGACCCUAUGGGAAACCAUUUUCAAAUCCAAAACUACCAGCUAUUGUCACCAAGUCUAUCCUAGAAGCCCUUGUUGUCUUUCAGAAUACAAACGGAGGCUUAGAUGUGAAUCCAAAUAACAUAUUUCUAUCAAAUUUGGAAUCUCCGACACCUAUCGUUAAACUUGGAGAUUUGGAUAAUGCCUUCUCUGAAGGUGUUGCCAAAAACUACCAGGGCGCUCAAACCCACGAGACUCGUGCCCCCGAAGUUUGGAGGGGAUUAGGGGUUUGGCAUUCAUCGGAUGUCUGGUCCCUGGGCGUCACAGAUCAUCAGACGGCAUGGUGUCUUGCUAAAAUAUUCCGGCUUGUGGGCCAUAUUGAGACACCAGAGAAUCCAGAUUUUAAAGGCGAAUUUGAAUUUGCACAGGCCAUAGAAGGUGGCGGAUACCUAGACCCCAAAACAGGCGAAGCAAAGCCCUAUAUCAGUGUUGGCACUCUCCGAGAAGAACUACAGAAAAUUCCGCGGGAGAUAUGUUCAGACGCCUGUAUCGAUUUCCUAGAGCAUGUGCUUGUCAUCGACCCAGCAAAGCGUCCAACAGCGGAAAUGGCUCUGAAACACGCCUUUGUCGCCUCAAUAACUGUUUGA